GCGGUGAGAGCGUGCCCACUGGACUGGUGUGGCCCUCCCCAGAGGCCGAGGAGAAGCUCCGGGAGGUGGAUGGCAUCAAGCUCUACCCGACCCAUGCCUGGAAGGAUGAUAUGAAUCCGAUUUUGGAUUCCUCGGUGAAGCUCGAGGACAAGCCUGUGAUUGUGGGUGUGGCUGCCGACUCGGGUUGCGGCAAGUCCACCUUCCUUCGACGCAUCUUGGGAGCCUUGGGCACCGAGGUGCAGCCCGGGCACACGGCCAUCGGAGAGAUGAUGACCGUGAUUUGCUUGGAUGACUACCACACCAACGACCGUGCUGGACGCAAGGCCACUGGGCUCACUGCCUUGGAUGCCCGGGAGAACGACUUCGACCUGAUGGGCGUACAGAUCGAAGCCUUGAAGAAAGGCAAGGCCGUCUACAAGCCCAUCUACAACCACGACACCGGCAACAAGGACCCUCCUGAGCUCAUUGAGCCCAACAAGGUCAUGGUCUUUGAGGGUUUGCACCCCAUCUACGAUGAGAAGGCUCGUGCGCAGCUGGAUUUGGCCAUCUACAUUGACAUCGUGAACGAUGUGAAGUUCGCUUGGAAGGUGCAGCGUGACGUGGCCGAGCGUGGCUGGACCGAGGAGCAGGUGCGAGAGGACAUCGAGAAGCGAUUGCCCGAUUUCUCCAAGUACGUGGAUCCUCAAAAGGCCAACGCGGAUGUUGUGCUGCGUUAUGAACCUUCCGACCAGGGCCUUCCCUUCCUGAAGGUCAAGCUGAUCCAGAAGAAGGACGGCAAGUUCCCAAUGAUCACUCUGAAGAAGGAUUUGGAGCUCACUGGCAGCAAGCCUGGUGCCACGCUGAAGAUGUACGAUGACGACUGGUUCGGCAACGCAGUGACCGUGGUGGAGAUGGAUGGCGAGAUCGAUAUGGACAACAUGGAGGAGCAGCUGAAGGAGCCCGGGCUUGGUCGCGCGGAGAUCGAGUCCAACAUGGAGGGCCUUGGCGCCAAGUCGGCCUCCGAGCUCACCGAGGCCAUGGUGGGUCUCAAGAGCAGCCCUGGAUCCCAGAACGGCACCGGUCUCCUGCAGACCGUGAUCGCUAUGAAGGCACGCUCCACUCGACGCGUCGUAGGCGCAGCCUUCAAAUAG